GGCAGCAGUGAACUCAGGCCCAGAGUGGCACCAGAGCCUCGCGCGCUGCACGCUGCCACCUGCACGCGGUGCGCUGUCCUGCCUCUAAAAAAGUUGACAGCGCAAUGGUUACGUUGUGUGCGUUUCAGGCAAAGGUUUCAAGGGCAAAGGAAACGAGGAAGCUGAUCAACUGUUUAAGGACUCCGCAUUUUCAGACGUCGGGGCUCUGCCAUCGUAUCUGUCACCGAGCAGCGAGGAUCAUUAAAGUCUUGUUUAUUUAUACAGGGAAUGGGCUGCUGAAGGGCAUGAUGAACCCGAGCUGAACGUCAUAUUUUCAGAGCGCCACACUGAGCAAACCGGAGAGGAUAUGCGCCACUGUCCUCAGCGUUCGCGCAGCGCCGAGGGAGCUCUGCCGGAUAUAUCUCUUUUGGGGAAGCACCAAAAUGUGAUUUAUACUCCGGUCUAGGAUUUUACACCGGACCAGACUUUAGGGGACAUUUGUCUGCUGCACCACCUGUCACAGCGUUAUAGAAGCGGAUACCUGCUGCUACAGGACGCGCGCAUAGACAUCACUUAAACUUCAGACACGUGCCAAACAUACAUGCUUCAAGAUCUGCCUUAUUCGGUUGCCAAAAGCUAACCUGUGGAUUUUGGCAACCGGUCUAAAUGACAAUACAAUUUAUCAUUCAUUUGUCUGCUUUUUCAAAUGGAACAGCAUAAAGUAAUUCGCCUGAAACUGAAGAUGCCCCCCCUGGGUGUCGUUCAUGGGAAAAGAAACUGGAGAAUCAAAGCAGGAUAUUUCUAAGGUGACAGGAGCCACCAUUCUCUUGGGCGGCCGGGUAUUUUGGAUUGGCCCAAAAUAUUUUAGCGUGCCCCUUGGACUCUUGCACAAUGGGGAUUAUGCUUCAUGUUAUUCUAGGAAUGUUUCAAUUCCUGCUGCUCUCCAAAAUGCCGAUGUCCCAUGCCAAGAUUGCACAAUCAAAACCAUCUGAUCCUCCCAAACCAAGGGAAGGAGAAGUGCUCCGGUGGUUGGAAGUGUACUCGCGGAGCGGCUGUGAGCCACGGGACACUUUGGUGGAGGUUUGGCGGGAGUUUCCAGAGGAGAUGCACCACCUUUUUGUCCCAUCGUGUGUGUCACUGAAGCGUUGUGGAGGCUGCUGUGCUGACGAGGCCUGGGAGUGUGUGCCCUCCUACUCACACACACUCACCAUGGAGCUGAUGAGGACCUCCUUUAUGAAUCAUGAACUUGUCAAGCUGCCAUUUCUGGAGCACAGCAAGUGUGAGUGCAGAAUGAAAGAACAGCUCCUGACAACACCUGCCACAAGAUCCCGCAAGAAAUCGCAAAGAAGACACAAGAAAAAGUGGCGAGAAAAGUCCAAACAAAUAGCAACAGAAUCCCCCAGAGCUGAAAGCACAUCACCCCAUGCCCUGUCAACGCCAUUGCCAGCUACUUCUCCCACUCCUGUCCUGACACUGGCUCCUGGUUCACAGUGUGGCCCAUGCAGAGGACGACGGUGGACACUUGACUUGACAUCCUGUGAGUGUUCCUGCAAAAUCAACCCAGAAAGCUGUCGAAAAGGUCGCUCGCUCAAUCUCCGCCGCUGCAGGUGUGAAGCUAUGAGGACGUGAUGGAGACAUUUGAUACCUCAUGACGUAUCCAUGCUUUUCAGAUUUGUGUCAGGGGCAUAGCAGUGGAAUAGAUUAACAUGAUUAUGGUCAUAGACAUCUUGCCUCUUGCUGAUCCACAUUUACAUUAUGUUUAAUGAACCAUAUCCAACAAGUGAAAAGGGCAGAGGAAAUAUAUUGACAAAAAACGUAAUAAUAACAAUAGUAACACAGUCCUGUCAACUGGAUACUCGGACAGUUUGUUUUUGCUGCAGAUGAGCUUUGCAAAAGCAGGGACUAACAGAAAUCAUUAAGUGUGAGAUGGUGACACAGAACGUACAUGUAUGGACGAUGGUUUACAGUAAAAAUAGAAGCAGACCUUCUUGUGAAACAAAUAUGAACUACAAACGGGUUGGAGGCGGAUGCUCUAAAAUGGGAUCUGAGCCAUGCCCAAGCAGAACCCCUGCAUGCACAAAGCUAUAGUACAGCUGAAUGCAUGGAUGCAGUGAUCUGUGUGGUCUCUGUGCUGAAAGACCCAGAUGGGAUAUCCCUGCAGCCAUUCGCUCUCAUUCACAGAGUAUGACCACAGGCUGGCUCUCCAAGCUGCUUUCCAUCAUUUGUUUAAUUUGAGCCUUUUGUCUUCAUCUUUCCUUGGGUCUUCAAUUGAAAGCACCGCUUUACCUCACUUUGCCUCCCUUUGCUUUGCAAUCGAGCAGUGAGGAGAAUGACAAUAAUGAGGCCUGGCUGCUUUCCACAGCUUCACACAAACAUUUCACACUUAUACCCGUCUCUGUGCUGAGAAUCAUUCAUGUAAACCCUCACAUAAGCAGCGGGCUGUUAAUGCAGGUAACUUUUGUUUUCAACACACUAAGUGUGCAUGUUUUACUCUCCUGUAGUGGAGAGUCUACAGUUUUAUAUGUUUUAUAUAGUUUUGUUGAGAUAUAUUUUAUAUUUAGCUGAAAGUGUCUUUUUGUUUGGGUUCAUCUGUAAUCCAUACGCACACAAAUCGCUUUGGGUGGUCAGCUCUGUAUAUUCUUAGCAUCUAAAAGAGACACAAAUGUAUUGAAUUUAAAUGAAUUUAAAAGUAGACAAAUGGUUGUGUUUGUGCCCAAAAGAAUUUAAGCUAACAGCCAUUCAUUCACUGAAAGGGCAAAGUGGCUUUUUAUAUUCCAACUGAAUCUCAUGAUUUAACUCCAUGUUGUUCCAUGACUGCUUGGCUUCAGUGUGAGAGAAGACCUUUCUUCUGAGCACUUAGAAUAAUCCUGUCAAUCAGUGGAUCAGUCUGCUUAAUCUCCCUUUGUCCCUUGAAAUAACACCAACAUUUGGCUCAUAAUCUGUGCAGUUCAAAACAUAUAUUUAUGUUUAAACUUCUAGUAUUUACAGCUGAACAAAUCAACGCAAAGCUGAAUGAUGAUGUGAAGGCUGUGUAAAAAGAGGUUUCAAUGGCUGCAAUAAGCUAUAUUUAAUUAUCUCCCUGAUUUGUAUUUAUGAGAUGGUUCAGUCAGUGUUAGUUAUUCCUUUCGGUCAGUGCUUCAAUCACUACCUCUAAUUGGUCAAAAAAAGGCCAAGUGUUACAACAUUUUCUUUUUUUUUAAACUUCCACUUAUGUUCAACAUUUUGUUUGAAUUAAUUUCCAUUCCAUGUUGUUUUUUAGUUUUCAUAAUUUAAUUCUUUAAAGGAAAGCACUGAUCAACAACAAGCAACUACACACUGUAAAUGUAGAAAAGUGACUGGAAUCAAUAUCUGUACAAUUCAUCUUACAAAUUAUCUCUUCAAAUGACUGUGCCUAGGGCUGUGCAGAAGCUCAAACUGAGACUGCACUUAAUGACCUAGAGAUGAUAACCCAAAUCAAUGUCUUAAAAGGACCUAUUAGACUUCACUUGUAAAUAUAAAAACACAGGUGGCUCUUAGGCUUGUGACCUUUUUUUUGAAUAUAUAAAAAAUAUAUAGUUUUCGUGUGGAGCUUUAGAACACAACAGCUUCCAAAUGUACAUCUCAUGUGAAUCUGCACAUUGUGUACUCCAACAUAGUAUCAUUGGAGAUCCCAUUGUAGCUGCAUGUAGGACAUCCUGCUGCUUAUCAUGUGAAUAUGUACAAUGUCAGAUAUUCUCUGUAAUAUAUCAAAAAGCGUACUGAGGUCUCAUUUAUGAAGUGUACCUACAAAAAUGUUACAAAUGUCGCAUCACUUUUGAUCUAUAAAAAGACAACUUUAUAUAGAAAUGAGAGGCCUGGUCCAAAAAACUCUUUUCAUGCCCGGGCUUUCAUGAGGCAGAAGGCAAUCUGAGACUAGAAAUUAGCAGGUUUGUGGAAAUGUGUGUUUUGUCCACCCUAUGUUCACACUAGUGAGAAUUCAGUGUGAAGUUUUAUAAAUGAGACCCCUGGUUACUUCUCACAUCACCCCGAUGUAGCCUAUAUUAAGAUAAAACUGUCAUUUUGCUGCUAUACCAUCUGUGCCCUAUAUGUUGUAGAAUAUUGCAGGUUGAUGUUGUAUUAACAUUUACAACCACUUAAGUCCACAUUAUGUAAAAGUCAAUGUCACAUUUAUUGAAAAAGAUGCCAGUGAUGUUACAUUUUUUUAAUGAAAAGUGUCCUAUUUUUUAUAUAAAUUUGUCAUUUAUUUGUU